UACUUUUCUUUCAGGGAAUUGCUAAACGGAGCCUGAUAGCGAAACAAGUUAUGUUUAAGCAUUGUUGAGUUUCCCUGGUCUCCUGAAUUUUGUGAGGAUCACUGAUUUCUCACAAGGCUGGUUCAAAAUGAAUGGGAACCGACAAAUGGAGGUUCAUUACAUAAAUACCGGAUUUCCUUAUACUACUACCGAAAGUUUUAUGGAUUUGUUUGAAGGUCUUGUAUAUGGUCAGGCAGAUUUUGCCAUUGCAGGAGCAAUGCAUGAUCAGGAGAGUACAUACUGGUCCAUGCAUGCAAAUUCGUAUAAAUUUGGAUUGUCUGGUCCUGGGAGCACUUCGUAUUAUGCCUAUGAGGUAAAUGAUCAUUUUCCAAGAAUUGAUGGAGGUCAGAGGGCUUGGGAAAACCCUUUCACAAUGAACAGUGAAGAAACUGUACCUGUAGUUAUGCCGGGAGGAGAAAAUGCCAGUGUAAACAACAUCACCAGCCCAGAAGAAUGCAUUCGGGGUAAUCAUAAUGCUCGAAGCUCUCAGGUCUUUUGGCAAGACAACAUUGAUCCUGAUAACAUGACUUAUGAGGAAUUGCUUGAUUUAGGUGAGGCAGUUGGAACUCAAAGUCGAGGUCUUUCUCAAGAACUUAUCGCAACGCUUCCAAUAUCGAAAUACAAAUGCGGCUUCUUCAGAAGAAAAACGCGAAGUGAACGAUGUGUUAUUUGUCAGAUGGAAUAUAAAAGAGGAGACCGGCGGAUCACUCUGCCAUGCAAACAUAAUUACCAUGCAGGCUGUGGCGCCAAAUGGCUUAGCAUCAACAAGGCGUGCCCAGUCUGCUACACUGAAGUAUUUGGUGAGGAAUCAAGGCACUAGGUCUCCUACGAUCAGAAAGAGAGACAGAUAUGCCUUCUGUCCUGAUUUGUCCGCUUCAACCUAUGGUCUGUCACCUUGAGUUUGGUUUUCUUUUUUGUUUUUUUUUUCUCCCACUUCCAUACACAGCUAGAAGAGGACAUUUGUCACUCAUCUUUUCCACUAUUCUUUCCCCCCUUUUUCUUCCCUUGCCUAGUUACCCUUUUUCUAUAUUACUUCAGCAGAAGAACCAUGUUAGGUGUGAUCAAAUUGGUAGCAAUGAACAAUCCAGACUUGGUUUCUCCAAAUAUGAAGAAUUAAAUUUGUUCAA